AUGGGCUUCUCCAAGCCGAAACCUACCAAAGAAACGGCCGAGCAGGCCGUGGGUUCCGACUUAACAGCAGUCCUGCCCGAAAACCCUGCACCAUGGUACCGCACCAGGCACCUGCUUCUGCUUAACCUGACACUCCUGGUUCCAAUGUUUUCGUCAGCUUCGGUUGGCUUCGACGGAGCCAUGAUGAACGGUUUGCAGACGCUGGUGACAUGGCGCGGCUACUUUGGUAACCCAAGCCCACCGGUCCUCGGAACAAUGAACGCCGUCUAUCCCAUCGGCAAAAUCAUGGGCUUGAUUCCCACAACCUGGCUGGCAGACAAGUAUGGAAGAAAGACGCCUAUGUGGGUGGGAUUCUUCCUCCUUCUUCUAGGCGCUGCUCUCCAGGGCGCGAGUGUCAGCCUACCCAUGUUCAUUGUCUCACGUUGGCUGCUUGGUGCUGCCACAGCUUUCAUUGCGCAACCUGCGCCGAUUCUUGUCACCGAGCUUGCUUAUCCGACUCAGCGUGGCAAGAUCAGUGCGCUUUACAACACUUUCUUCUUCUUUGGGGCUAUUCUCGCCGCUUGGUCCACCUAUGGUACCUUCCGUCUGCCCUCGAGCUGGAGUUGGAGAAUCCCGUCCAUCUUGCAGGGUGCUCUCCCUGCAAUUCAGUGCGUCUUCUUCUACUUCGUGCCCGAGUCUCCAAGAUGGCUGGUUGCCAACGGAAAGACCGACGUUGCUCGAGAGGUCCUUAUUCGCUACCAUGCCGGCGGUGAUGCUUCCUCACGUCUUGUCGAACAUGAGAUCAAGGAGAUUGAAGAGAACCUCCGCAUUGAGAUGGAGGCUUCGAAAGAAUCUUCCUACCUCGACCUCCUCAAGACUGCUCCCAAUCGCCGACGUACCCUCAUCGCAGUCAUUGUCGGUCUCGGUGCUCAAUGGUCGGGGUCUGGAGUAAUCAGUUACUAUCUUACUCUCGUUCUCAACACGGUCGGCAUUACCGCGACCAAAGACCAAGCCCUCAUCAAUGGACUUCUGCAGGUCUUCAACUGGAUCGCAGCCGUCUUCGCUGGUGCUAUGAUGGUCGACCGUAUCGGCCGUCGCAAGCUCUUUCUCAUUUCGACUGCCGGUAUGCUGGGCUGUUACGUCAUAUGGACCAUCCUCACCAGUGUCUUCGCGAGAACCAAGGACGACAAAGCCGGUUACGCCGUGGUAGCGUUUAUCUUCAUCUAUUACUUCUUCUACGAUAUAGCCUACAGCCCCUUGUUGAUGUGCUACCCAGUCGAGAUUAUGCCGUACACAUUGCGCGGAAGGGGACUGACAAUAUCCCUGGGAUCAACAUUCGUGGGUCUCAUCAUUGGCCAAUUUGUCAAUCCUAUUGGAAUGGCAAACUUGGGAUGGAUGUAUUACAUUGUCUUCUGCUGCAUCUUGGCUGUUCUUUUGGCUCUCGUCUGGUUCCUUUUCCCUGAGACGAAGGGACGCAGCUUGGAGCAGAUUGCUGAAGUCUUCGAGGGCAAGAAGCACUCCAUUGGUGACAAGCUCAUCGGACAAGAAAAAUUGGAAGACUUUGUGGAAGUCGAGAAUGUGCCCGACAGGAAGGUUUGA